UAGUAAACAUAUACUUUUUCACAGUGACAUUUUUUUGGCUCAGCAGCUGAGAGGAAGGGACACAACACACAGGCCUCAUUUUCUGCAUGUAAAAUGUGUGUGUUCUUUAAAAGCCAGUGGUUGGCUGGUUUUCCGGACAUGAUGUGGUUGAAUCUGUCAUCGUAAUGGAAAUUCAUUGCUGUAGCUAUGGUAAAUCGAGUUUUCUGCCUGUGCUGAAUGCAUUAGUCUAAUGAGAUGUUUGCAGCUGGAGAGCUGAGCUGCUGGAGACUUACAGCUUGCUAGCAGACAGGGAGAAGAUGGCUUUUGCAAUGGUCUGUGUGCAUGCGCUGGCAAUCAUCUGUCCUUCAAGUCAAAACACCAGCGCUCUGUAAAGACACUGACAACUGUUCACAAAAAGGCAAAGGUCUGUUCUGGUGUAUGAAUCAUUCUGUACUUCUAGUGAGAGAUCACAGUAGGGAGAUGCAAUCUCCGAGAAUACCUGGCAGAAAAAGAGGGAGGCCGCCACUUCAUUCCAAUCCUCUGAAAAUGACUGUCCACAACCUCUAUUCGGGGUCAGCUGGGUCUAUCCCAACCGUAAAAAUUCCAAAGAAGAGAGGCAGGAAGCCUGGUUUCAAGUACAUAAGGGCUCCUGUACCACUGUUCACCCUACCCGAUGAAGGGUCCAUAGCCAACCCGAAACGUUGUUACUCUCUGCAUGCCCUCACAAUAAAUCUUCAAGCAUUGCAUCUUCGGAGUCUGAAAUCCCGUGUUGUAAUGACCCCGUUAGCAAUUUCGCCUCCUCGCAGCACCCCAGAACCAGACAUCAGCUCUAUUCCUCAGGAUGCAGCUACUGUGCCCAACUCCACAGUGCCACAGGCACUUACAGUUUGCAUUUAUGUGAACAAACAAGCUAACACAGGGCCUUACCUUGACAGAAAAAAGGUCCAAAUACUCCCCGAUCACUUUGGGCCUGAGCGUCCUUCAAUGGUGCUACAGCAAGCAGUUCAAGCCUGUAUUGACUGUGCCCAUCAGCAGAAAAGUGUGUUCUCCCUUGUAAAGCAGGGCUAUGGAGGAGAAAUGGUGUCAGUUUCUGCUUCAUUUGAAGGCAAACAGCAUCUCCUCAGCCUACCUGUGGUGAACAGCAUAGGAUAUGUCCUGCGUUUUCUGAAAAAGCUUUGUCGCAGCCUCAUCUGUGACAAUCUAUUCAGCAAUCAGCCCUUUAUACAGUAUAGCACCAAUUUGGAUAACCCCAAGGAAUAUGAUACUGGAAGGAUGGAGUCAGAAACUGUCAUACCAGAAGAUUACUUGGUUGAUCCUGUAAAUACAAAGCGAUACAAUGUUGAUCCCUCUGAUUCUGCCUUCAACUAUAUGGGUUCCCUUUACCCCAUGAGACAGAACUCUGGAGAAGGGCGUCUGGGUGGGGGAGGUAGUUCCUCUUCUUCAUGCAACCAUCGCUCCAGCCAGAUGUCUUCAGGAGGUCAAUCAUCAGCAGGAUUAAGGCGCCAAACAUCAAGUCCCACUCGAAGCGGAAGUUACCUUGAGGGAAACAGAAAUGCGUCAAGCCCUUCUCCUGAAAACCAGGAAACAGUCAGACCGACUAGCAAGGAUCCAUCAAACUGGAGUGUGGAAGAUGUAGUCUGGUUUGUGAAAGAUGCAGAUCCACAAUCGCUAGGCCCCCAUGUUGACCUUUUCAGAAAGCAUGAGAUUGAUGGCAAUGCAUUGCUUCUUCUAAGGAGUGACAUGGUUAUGAAGUAUUUGGGACUAAAACUGGGGCCUGCCCUGAAGCUUUGCUAUCAUAUCGAUAAGCUGAAACAAGCAAAAUUCUGAUGUUUCAAUGUUCGUAACACAGCACUGUCACAUGGUAGAGUGGUAACAUGUUGCCUUAUGAAAAGGCCAUUUUGACACCUUUUUAUUUUUGUCAUAAGCUUGUGUUUUAAAAAUGGUUGUGUAAUUUUCAUAUCAGCCUAUCUUUUUUACUGAAAAGGUGUGCAAGUCAUUGCUCUGAAUGUGGUUGACAUUACUGUAGAUGGCUAGUGUAAAGCAUUGCCAAAGCAAGCAUGUAAUUACUAGCAAACACUGAACUAUUUGUAUGGCAGAAGCAAUGAGACUCCAAUUAGCAUUGUUCAACAAUUGGAUAGCCAAUAUCAAAGAAAUAAUUGCCAUAUCAACUGGGUCUCUUGGAAACCUGAAAGUAUCACUUUGGUUUUUCAGGAAUAUCAAAUUUCACUCUUAUAAAGUGUCUACUACUCAAAUAACAUUUUUAUAUAGCUCUCAUCUAUCACAGGAUUACACUGUGCAGUGCUUCUAAGGAUGGUUGUACUGUAGCUAAAACUCAACUCCAAUCAUUUUUAACUACCGGUACAUAACUGUUACAGUUUACCAUCCUUAAAUAGGCAUUUACUGUACAGAGUGGUAACUAUAUACUGUAGGUCUUGUAGUUUUGCUGUAUACAGUGAAAAUUAUGUUUUCAAAUAUGUAUACACUCGUUAGGUGGUCACUUAAAACUCUCUUCACAUUUCAUCUAAAAAAAUGUAUUUUUAUGUUAUUGUUUAUAUAUUGAUCAGAUAUUUAUUCAUUCUCAAAGCAGAUUAUUACAGUUUUAAAUUAGUGCAUAUCUACAUCAUCUGACUAUACUACAGUAUAAUAUGUACCAGCCACAAAUAAUAUGGUCAUUUAAAAAUAUAAAUCCACAUACAGGAAAAAAACUAUUUCCUCCAAUGUAAUCCAUCAAUCAGACCCCAAAAUAGAUUGAUUGUAAAUGUGUUUUAAUUAAUACAUUUGGUUUUGUUACUAUUUUUUGGUCUGUUUAAGUACAAUUCUGUACAGAGCCAGAUUAAGGUAUGAAGGGCCCACUGGGUAAGCAGGGACCACUGGCAUAUCUAUAAAGGGUGCAAUGUGUGCGGUGCACACGGGCCCCUGAGUCCAGAGGGGGCCCACACUGCACACACUGCACCCAUUUCUUCUAUACUUACCUUUCCGGCGUCCAUUGGU